ACCAGAAUCCCAAAGAUGGCGGCGUUAGUUGCGCCACGCCGGGCCCUGUUGGGCUGCUUCUCAACCAGGCCUAUUUCAGUGUUUGCUGUUCACCAGAAGAGUCUGCACAGCCGUGCACAGAGCGAGAACACCUCCACAAGCCGGGUCCCCGUCCGACGGCAGAGCUCCGCGGUGGCGGCAGCCAAGCCGGCGGCUGUGGCCGCCAGCAAGGGGGAGUAUGUCAUCACCAAGCUGGACGACCUCAUCAACUGGGCGCGCAGGGGCUCGUUGUGGCCCAUGACCUUCGGCCUGGCGUGCUGCGCGGUGGAGAUGAUGCACAUGGCGGCGCCUCGGUACGACAUGGACCGCUUCGGCGUGGUGUUCCGAGCGAGUCCUCGGCAGUCCGACGUCAUGAUCGUGGCGGGAACGCUGACCAACAAGAUGGCACCGGCUCUGCGGAAGGUGUACGACCAGAUGCCGGAGCCGCGCUACGUCAUCUCCAUGGGGAGCUGCGCUAACGGAGGAGGCUACUACCACUACUCCUACGCUGUGGUCAGGGGCUGUGACCGCAUCGUACCGGUGGACAUUUAUGUUCCAGGUUGCCCCCCCACUGCGGAGGCCCUGCUCUACGGGAUUUUACAGCUGCAGAAGAAGAUCAAGCGGGAGAGGAAGUUGACCAUCUGGUACCGGAAGUGAAUGUGUGUGUGUGUGUGUGUGUGUCUGGUAUGUAAAUGUAGACUCUAUUCUGCUUUCGGUUGGAGCGCUCCUCCUCCUCCUCCGUGUGUAAAGAUCUCCCAUCAAUAAAGACAAUGUUGUAAUUUA